CCCCGCACUCCUCAAACCAUCUGAAAGCCUUCCUUACAGUCAGUCUAAACUCUCGUCAGUCCAAGAUCUCAAACCCAAGUUCACAAGGAUGGAUGAACCGCUGUCUUCGUUUCUUUGGGAUAGCCUGAAGCACCGAUUUCUGUAGGAGCACCUCUUCAGUGCACUUUUUCCUCAUCUCUCUUUUUACCUCAGCCCUUGUCUCUCUCCUUCACCCCUCUCCUGCAUACCCCACUCCUUCUCGGCCCCUCUCCCUUCUUCCCUUUCUUCCGCCUGGCCGUUUCCCGGACUGAUUUAUUUGGCCCAGCGCAGCAGAGCUGGAGGGAAAGCACCAGGCUAUAUUUGUCGGCUGCUGAGGUUGGACCUGCUUUGACUUUUAGGAUCCUCCGUUUGGGUUUUACCUGCUCACACCUGCACCUCCUGCCUCCUCAGCAUCAGCUUCGCUCUGAAUAAGGAAGUAAGGGAUUCUUUUUGGUUUCACGUCUCCACGCGAGGAUAAAUGGAUUUCACCUGUUAAACGUUCGUGGAGCUUAAGUGAUUUGGAUCCAAACCUCCCACCAAACUUUGCAACUCAGUGUCAUUGCCAACAGAAGCCUUAAGUUUUCAGAGUGACUUCUCCUUUAAAGAAAAGACCGCCUUGGUCAAGAGCGUUUCUGAUACAGAUGCCAAACUUCUGGUCGUCCUUCCCAAGGUUUCAGAGUUGAAGAAAGUCUUUGAGAGAGUCGUCACAAAGGAUCCGGGAAUGAACAGAAAGGAGAGGAUAGCCCGGCGCUUGGAGGGGAUUGAAAGUGAUGCACCACCGGCGCUGGUGCCCGGCGGUUUGGUGGCUAACAGGAUGCUGGAGGAGGAUCCGCCUCGGUACACCCGCGCCUCAGACCCCUGUGAGCCCUGUGUGAUGGUGAGGCGCUACAGCCGAGACGAGCUGGAGGCUCCACAGAAGCAGGUGUCGUCUCCGGACAGAACGCCUCACGUCAAAGGUGGCGUCGGCAGCGGCCGUCCGGACCCAGUGUUGGUGUACGUCGACCCAGUGACAUUAUCCACCUCCUCGACACCCACAUCUGGCCCCACGGAAAACACCAGCCUGAGCUCCAAGGCUGAACGCAUCGCCCGCUACAAGGCCGAGCGCCGCCGCCAGCUGUCAGAGCGCUAUGGCAUCCUCCUGGACCAGGAGGCAGACGCCGAUUACACACCUCGCUACCGCUCCAGACGCGACCCAGACGUCUCCGACAGACAGACGGCUGGUAGGCGAGACAGAGACAGAGACAGAGACAGAGACAGGGACAAACCGGAGGUGGAGACACAAGGACGGGACUCCAAGGUGCCGUACCGCUCCGGAGUGGGCAAGGUUUACAUGAGGACUCAACCAGAUCCCGCACCCGUUACCACGCCGAGCCCCGCCCAGCCAACGCAAGCCCCGCCCCCGUCUCAGGAAAGACCAAGCAGAUUCUCGGAGCGGGAACGAGCAAUGAACAUGGAGAACUACCGACGUGGGGCUCAGGAGCGCCCGGUGGUUUCAAGAACCAGAUCCCAAGAGCAGCCCCACUACCAAGACGCCGGCCCUCAGGACUCGAGUCCGGCCUCCACCAGGGACUACAGUAUUGCAGCGGUGCCCAGCUCCCCUCGCACAGCCCGCCGGGCAUCCCUGCCCUCCACCCGCUACGGCAUCUCACCUGGGGAUUUAUUCAUCGAGCAGCAGGCCCAGAGCAUCCUGAACAGGCAGGGCCUGGCCGCCCUGUCAAAGAGCGACUGGUCUCUCAACACAGACUCAGAGAGUGACACAGGCUUCAUCUGGCCUUCAAGAAUCCGAGUAAGGGAACGAUUGCCCAAGGAUGAAUCUGUCCAGAGGCCCCCUGAUUGGAGUCCCGACGGGCACCAGGCUAACAGGCACCGUACUCAGGGGAGCGCUGCUCAGUACACGCCACAGCACUCAGAACCCACCCAACAAAGAACUGUUCCCCAGCCCCAGCCGAGCCCAGGCCACCAUCCCGCCCAUGGGCAAACAGCCUACCCGGAGUACCAACACACUGGCCCUGCUGUGGACUCGCAGCCCUAUUUGGCCAUGACGGCAAAACAUUCUGGACAUGCAGAAGUUCCACCACGAAGAAGAGUGAGUGCCGACCAAAUCCAUGCCGCCCAAAAGGAGGCGAGAUUGGAGGCGAGGCAGGCCUUGAAGGAAGAGGCCCAUACGGAGGGCCUGCUGAAGAGCAGGAAAGCUGUGCUGCCCUCCGAGAUUCGCAGAAGGGAAAAGAGCGUGGAUGACACUCAAAGGGGCCGGUACGAAGACAUGGACUGGCAGAAUACCAGCCCAGAACAGAGGAGGGCGACUCGAAACGAGGAAGACUGGGAUCGGGAGAGACCAAGGGAGAGGGGAAGGGAAAGAAAUGUCGAGAGAGUCAGAGAAAGGUUGAGAGAGCAGACCUCCAGCCACGACGGCCAAGAAGAGAAAGUAUUCAGAUCUGUGCAGCCUUCCCACCCGCCGGUACACCAGCAGCCUAGACAGCAUCAGUCAUCAGAGACCUUGUAUCACCAGGAGCCCCAAAUUCAGCAUCACGAGCCCCUCACGCAACAACAGCAUGAACCCAGAAAGAGGCAAGCGUCUGCUCAAAUUCAACAGCAAGACCCUCAAAGGCAGCAUCAGUACGAGCACUCGAGGCAGCCGCUGGAGAGUCAAAGGCAACAGCAGUCUCAAAGACAGCAGGAGUACGGGACGCAAAGGCAGGAACCUCCAACUCAGCAGCAAGACUCCCAAAGGAAACAUCAACACCCCCAAGUAGACGAAGGGUUUCAGGCUCAGAGGCAGCAGCAGGACCCGUACGCGCAAAAGAGGUCUGACUCGGCCGUCUACCUCCAGAGGGGCACGGCCGCUUUCCCUCUAACCAAACACAGGAGCACGGAGGUGAGCGGAGGGUCCAAACACAAGAUACGAACCCGCUCCAUGUCAGAUAUAGGCAUAAGCCAGCACUCCACCAUGUAUCGCAUGGAGAGGGCAGCUGCCGGCAGAGAGGCGGCGUCCAGGGCUGUCCCUCCACCGGGGAUGGCUAAUGGCGGGGAGAUGGGAACCCUGGACACAAGGGUGUCAGUGGCACAGCUCCGACACUCUUAUCUGGAGAAUGCCAACCGGAAACCUGAGUUCGAGACUACCAAAGUAGAUCUCUCGGCCAUGGAGGUAGAUCCAGGUAGCAGCGGUGACCGGGGUGCUCGAAGGCCUCGACGCUACUUCACCCCAGGGGACAGUCGCAUGUCGGAGAGGUUUAGGACCCAGCCCAUCACCUCUGCAGAGCGUCUGGAGUCUGAUAGGUCCCGUCUAAGCCCAUCACAACUACAGGAAUCUGAGGAUGCGGAAAAGUUGGACGAGAGAGCUAAGAUGAGCGUGGCUGCCAAGAGGUCUCUCUUCAGGGAGCUGGAAAGAACAUCAGAGGGAUGUGUCCCCAAACCACGCUCGCGAAAUGCUGCCGUAGAAAGACGUCUGAGGCGAGUCCAGGACCGCUCUCACACCCUCCCCGUCACCAUCAAGGAGGUGGUCACCGUUGCAGGAGAUGCUCCCACACCGUCACAACCUGUCAGCGUCCAUAUGAAUGUAAACCGUGUCCCCAGCCCACCGGUGGCGACGAGCACAAGUGUGACGAGCAUCAGCGUUAAGCCCGAUUCUGCAGCCUCAGAGCAGGAGAAGGAGAACCAGGAGAACCAGAAGCCAGCUCCGGGCGUCCAGGAGCCCGUCUCGGACGAGCCGGACCUCUCCGCUCUGAGUUUGUCUGAGAAGAUGGCCCUGUUCAACCGGCUCGCCCAGCCGACCGGCAAAACCGGAGAGGGGACCCGAGGGGACACCCGCCAGCGUAGAGCCAACGCCCGCUUCCAGACGCAGCCCAUCACCAUGGGAGAGGUGCAGCAGGAGGCUGAGGCGGCAGAAACCUCUGCGGCGGUGUGUAACGGCGACUUAGAGGCCAGUCAGGGAGAACAUCUGAAGAAUGGAGGCGAGAUCAAACUGGAGCCCCUGUCGGCCUCCCUGGUUCGAUCCGUGGCGGCCGUCACCUCCCGAGCCAUGGCACCAGGCGGCGGUGGCGGCGGAGGCAGCAGUGGCAGCGCCGCCACCGGGGACGGCGACAAUCUCGGCAAGUCCACCGCCGUCCCCUACGUCCCCGCCCAACAACGGGCUCCCGGCGGCGCGAGCGCCCACCAGGAGAGGGCGCUGAGGUACUUCUCCAUGACCCAGAGCGGGGACCCGGGCCACCACGAGAACGAGCUCGGCUCCUCCUCUCGCCUCCCCGAGAGCCGAGAGAGAGCGGGGGCCCCUCCUGCUCCCGCGUCCUCCGCCGGCCACAGGCAGCAAGGGGAGCGGGGGGAGGACGAGGUUAGAGGGAGGCAGCAGGGAGGAGCCGGGGAAGACGUCCAAGGCGUCGGCGCGAAGGGUAAGCGGCACUUAGACGACAGGCAGCAGCAGCAGCAGCAGCAGCAGCAGCAUCAGCAUCCUCACGCUGCAGAGCCCUCUUUGUGGAGGGGAGAGUCAGAGCCUCUGCCCAGCUGGAGAGCCGCAGACUCCCAGGAGAGAGCAGACGGGGGAGGAGGAGGAGGGGGAGGAGGAGGAGGAGGAGGAGGAAGAGGAGGAAGCUACCUGAGAGAGGCUGCAGCCGCUCACGGUUCCUCCACACAGGAGCAGCAGGAGAGAAGCAGCGGCCGGAGCCAGGCGCUCGUCUCAGAUUUGCCGGAUCACUCUGCGUCGCUGAGGCCGCUGGUGGCUAAAGUAUCAUCCAGGACAGCGUCUCACGUUUCGACCGGCGUGCAGCAGCAGCAGCAGCGGCAGCAGCCUCCUCAGACUCUUCCUAAAACCUUCACACAGCAGCCGCCGCCGCCUCCUCCAACCCAACCCAAACCGGCGUCGUACGCCCAGCCCCCGCCAACCUACCCCAAGCCUUUCGCCCACUCGCCACAAGCCCAGCCCAGACUUCAGGGGUUCGUCCAGUGUCUCCCCAAGCCUUUCCCGCAGACGGCGCCGCAGCCUCCGCUUAAGCCCCAGCUUCCUCCGCAGACUCCCCCCAAACCCCAGUCCCUCCCCCACGCCCUGGUCAAGUCCCACUCCCUGCCCCUGGACCACAGCGAGGACCUCAGCAGGCUCAGCGACCACUCUGGAGAUCAGCUCUCCCCCACCGAGUCCGGGGACCAACUCUCUGACAGCAUGUCCGCCAAACAGAUGUCCAUCAGGGAGAGAGUGGCACUGCUGAAGAAGAGCGGCGAGGAGGAUUGGAGGAACAGGAUCAACAAGAAGCAGGAGGUGGUUCAGGUGGCGUCCACCGAGCAGCAGGUGUGGACGGAGACGGAGCAGAGCUGCCAGAAGAAGGAGGAGAGGGUGUCCGUUCAGGACUAUUCCGCUGUGUCUGUGUCUGAACAGCUGUGGGAGCCUGUCUUCUCCUCCACCUAUUCUCCUCCUAUCUCCCUCGGUCAAAAGUGUCAGUACAUUGACCACCAUAGCCAGAAGACGGGAGAGGACAUCGAUGCGCAGAUGACCAUUGAGGAGAGGAAACACAUGAUUUCAACCCGUGAGGAGGCCUGGAAGACAAAGGGCAAAGGAGCAGCCAAUGACUCCACCCAGUACACGGUGGCUGCUCGCAUGGUCAAGAAAGGUCUGGCAGCCUCCUCCUCAGUCAUCAGUCCCAUCCUGUCACCAGUCUCCACCAAACUCAAGAGCAGCAAACCGCAAGAAGAAAUUGAGGCCAGGCCGGACAUGGAAUCAGAUAAGAAACUAGACAAGUUGGAGAUCUUCUUGGGACGUCUCAACAGCAAAGUGGCAGGUUUGCAGGAAACCACUAUAACAGUGACGGAGAAGGCAGUGAAGGAGGUGAUGAAGCUGGACGACGAGAUCUUCUCCAAGUUCUACAAACGCGUGGCUGAAUUCCCACGCAUGCCCACCAGGAUCGAGAUCAGCGAGGACUUCGACAGCAUCUUCGGUUCUCAGGGUCCCAAAUUGACUUCGGCCAUGGUGAAGCACAAGCGCUCCGUCCGUCCAUCCAGGAACGUCCAGGCCUCCAGGAACCCUCUGAAGAUGCUGGCGGCCCGAGACGACAUCCGACACGAGUACACGGAGCAGAGGCUGAACGUGGCGCAGCUGGAGAGCAAGAGGAUGAAGGCUGAGAAGACCGAGCUGACUAAAAGCUCCGAGUACUCGGAGGCCGCUCUGGCCGGUCUGGCCAGCAAAGAAAACUUCAGCAGCGUGAGUCUGCGCAGCGUCAACAUCUCGGAGCAGAUGUCCAACAACAGCGCGGUGCCGUAUAAGAACCUCAUGCUGAUGCAGAUCAAAGGUCGUCGUCACGUCCAGACCAGGUUAGUGGAGCCCAGAGCGUCUUCUCUGAACAGCGGCGACUGCUUCCUGUUGGUCACUCCGGAGCGCUGCUUCGUCUGGAUAGGAGAGUUCUCAAACGUCAUAGAGAAGGCCAAAGCCACAGACUUGGCCACUUUCAUCCAGACGAAUAAGGACAUGGGCUGCAGGGCGGAGCAGGUGCAGACCAUCGAGGAGCGGGUCAACCCUCAGGGUCCGGAUAUGCAGCAGUUCUGGACCAUCCUAGGUGGACACAUGGCGUACCAAUCGGCCGGUCCGCCAGAGGAGGACGAGCAGUUUGAGAACGCCAUCGUAGAAACCAACUGUAUCUUCAGGCUGCUGGACGACAAGCUGGUUCCUGAUGAUGAGGAGUGGGGGAAGGUCCCUCGCAGCUCUCUGCUGGAAUCCAAGGAGGUGUUGGUGUUCGACUUUGGCAGCGAGGUGUAUGUGUGGCACGGUAAAGAGGUGACUCUGGCCCAGAGGAAGGUGGCCUUCCAGCUCGCCAAGCACCUGUGGAACGGCACGUUUGACUACACCUGCUGUGACAUCAACCCUCUGGACCCCGGAGGCUGCAACACGCUCAUACCCAGGAAGGGUCAGGGACGUCCUGACUGGGCGAUAUUCGGGAGGCUGACAGAGCACAACGAGACCAUCUUGUUCAAGGAGAAGUUUGUGGACUGGACUGAAGCGAAGUCGCCGACAACGAAGGAAGGAGGCGAGCUUGUACCUGAGCUGAAGGAGGCUCCGGGACGAGAGUGCCGGCCUUACGACGCCACCCUAAUGCUCCCUGUCCUCCAGUCGUCCAUUUCCACCAUCCUGGACGGGGUGAACGUCGGCCGCGGCCACGGCCCCGUGGAGUCGGAGGACCACAUGAGGACGCAGGAGAUCACCACGGCGUCCGUGGACGUUUGGCACAUCCUGGAGUUCGACUACAGCCGCCUGCCACGCCAGAGCAUCGGCCAGUUCCACGAGGGAGACGCCUACGUGGUCAAGUGGAAGUACAUGGUCAACACUUCAGUCGGUCGGAGGCAGAACCCUGAGGCGAGGAGCAGCGGCCCGGGGAAGGAGAAAUGCUGCUACUUCUUCUGGCAGGGUCGACACUCCACCGUCAGCGAGAAGGGAACGUCAGCGCUGAUGACGGUGGAGCUGGACGAGGAGAGAGGAGCACAGGUCCAGGUGCAGCAAGGAAAGGAGCCGCCAUGUUUCCUGCAGUGCUUCAACGGAGGGAUGAUCGUCCACGCAGGAAAGAGGGAGGAGGAGGAGGAGAACACGCAGAGUGAGUGGCGUCUCUACUGUGUGCGUGGUGAGGUGCCGGUGGAGGGCCACCUGCUGGAGGUGGCGUGUCACUGCAGCAGCCUGCGCUCCAGAGCCUCCAUGAUCCUGCUCAACAUCAACAAGGCCAUCAUCUACCUGUGGCACGGCUGCAAGACGCAGCUGCACACCCGCGGCGUCGGAAACACGGCCGCGCUCAAGAUCAAGGAGCAGUGUCCUCUGGAAGCCGGCCUCCACAGCAGCAGCAAGGUCACCAUCCAUGAGUGCGAUGAGGGGAUGGAGCCUCCGGGAUUCUGGGAGGCUCUGGGGAGAAAAGACAGGAAGGCUUAUGACUGCAUGCUGCAAGAUCCAGGUAAAUUCAACUUCACCCCGCGGCUCUUCCAGCUGAGCAGCACGUCCGGAGAUUUCGUGGCGACCGAGUUCUUCCACCCGUCCAGAGCUCCGGACCUGGUCAGCUCGCUGCCCUUCCUGCAGGAAGACCUGUACAACGCCCCACAGCCUGCUCUGUUCCUGGUGGAUAACUUCCAUGAAGUUUACCUGUGGCAGGGCUGGUGGCCUCAGGACAGCGAGAGCACCGGCUCGGCUCGGAUCCGCUGGGACGCGGACAGGAAGUGUGCGAUGGAGACCGUCCUGCAGUACUGCAAAGAGAAGAACGAGAAGAAGCCUCAGAAGUCGUACCUGAUCCACGCCGGUCUGGAGCCGCUCACCUUCACCAACAUGUUCCCCAGCUGGGAGCACAGGGAGGACGUGGCUGAGAUCACAGAGAGGGAGGCCGAGGUGUGUAACCAGAUCAUCCUGGUGGAGGACGUGCUGGCCCGGCUCUGUCAGAACACCUUCCCUCUGGCCCAGAUGCAGGCCCGGCCGCUCCCAGAGGGCGUCGACCCGCUCCGGCUAGAGAUGUACCUGUCCGACCAGGACUUUGAGCCAUCCUCAGUAACACGUCUCAUCCUAACUCCAUCUAACUCUCACUUUUCAGACCAAGUUGUAGGUGGAUUCAGAAAGCUUUGGAAAUGAAGAGAGAGGAAUACGAACGUCUGCCAGGGUGGAAGCAAGUGAACUUAAAGAAAGCCAAAGGAUUGUUUUGAGAAAGUUUUUAUUUUUUAAACACGAAGAGAGGAGACGAGACGGAGACGCAGUGAGAGGAGCCCGACGUGGUUUGUGGUGUGAAUCUGGAUCUGAAGAAAACCCGGAAGGAUGAAGACUGGAGAUGCACUCGCCUCGCUUAUAGAGUUUCAUUUUAUUAUUUUUUUUACGUCUCAACUUUGUCAUUAAUUAACUAAAUCUGACGGCGACAGGUGUAGGUUUGGUUUCAUACGUGGUAAAAAAAAAAAAAGAAUUUGUUGAAGAUCAUGGACUCGUUUGUUGUCAGGGUGCCAUGCUGUGGUUGUGUGCGACUGUAUAUAAUGUUUGUGUGUUUAAAUGUGUAAAAGUUUGUGUGUGUGCGCGUUUGUAACUAUGUAAAAAACAAAACAACAACAAAAAAAAAGGUAAAAACGAAACCUCAUCGUGUCAGAUGUCGUGAGGAAAGUCGUCGUCUUCUUCUGCCUCGUGGGUCGACUCGUACCGAGAGGAGAGAGUUGUAAUUUUAAAGGUGUGACAAACAGCAGCUUGGUGAAUCUGAAUGUAUAGUGCCUUGCUUUUUGUGUACAGUUUAUAUACAGAAAUUCUAGUCUGCAUUUUUAAAGACUUUCUUUGUGAUAUAGUGAAUUAAAUCACAAUAAUGCUCAACUCA